AUGGUUAAAGAAUGGGACAUGUUAGAAGAGGUUAGUAGUUGGAACCCUCGCUUGGAGAAAUUGAAGAUUUUAUUUGGGAACUUGACAUUAAAGUCACCAUUAUUAGAGCGUAUUAAGGAAGCCCAGAAAACGGACCCUACAAUCCAAAAGAAUGUAGAGAAAGUGCAAAAAGGGGAAACCCUAGAUUUUAAAUUAGGGUCUGAAGGAGUGUUGAGAUUUCGAGAUCGAAUUGCAGUUCCGGCUGAUGAAAGAUUAAGGAGAGAAAUUCUAGAAGAAUCACAUCGAUCGAGGGAAAGUCUUCAAGAGUACUCUAUAGAGCUCAAAAGUCUUGCCUUGAAGAUUCUCAACCUAAUAGCAAAAGCAUUAGGAAUGAAGCAUGAAGAAAUUGAAGUGCUUUUAGAAGAAGGGUUGCAAUCCAUGAGGCUCACUUACUAUCCUCCAUGUCCUCAACCUGAGCUGGUCACAGGCCUCUGCCAUCACUCUGAUCCUGUUAGCCUCACCAUUUUACUUCAAAUCAACGAUGUACAAGGUCUCCAAAUCAAGGAAAAUGAAGCUUGGGUUCCUGUUCUUCCACUUCCUAAUGCUUUUAUAGUCAACGUUGGUGAUAUCCUAGAGAUUAGUCAACUAUGA